CGAAAAUUCAAUGUUGACAACCAAGUUGGGCUCUGAAGUCUGAGCUGGAAGUUUGAGUUUUUUAUACAUACAACACAACACUCUUUGUAUCUCUAUCACUCCGGCGAUCCGAUCUUGUUUCAUCUUUUCCGGCAACUGGGCUUGGCUUUUUUAGAUAAGUUGUAGUGGUGCUAUUGACAUUGAGGAAUGGAUUUGGUUUCCGGAUAUAAGGGGGUUGUUGGGCGGAUGUUCGGAAAUGAGAACUCGGGGUCAAGUGAGGAUAGCUAUGUUGAACGGUUGCUUGACCGGAUAAGUAAUGGGGUCCUGGCAGAAGACAGGAGAAAUGCAAUUAUUGAAUUGCAAUCGGUUGUGGCAGAAACCCGUGCUGCGCAGCUAGCUUUUGGUGCAAUGGGCUUUCCUGUACUCUUAAAUGUCAUGAAGGAAGAACGUGACGAUGUUGAAAUGGUUCGGGGGGCUCUUGAAACUUUUGUGAGUGCAUUAACUCCAAUUGCUCAUGCAAAAGGUCCUCCAAAUGAGGUUCAACCAGAUAUAAUGAAUACCGAUUUGCUAUCAAGAGAAGCAGACAGCAUUUCCCUUCUUUUGAGUUUGCUGUCAGAGGAGGAUUUUUAUGUCCGGUAUUAUACGCUGCAGCUUUUGACUGCCCUUCUCACAAAUUCCAGGAAUAGGUUGCAGGAAGCUAUUCUCACCACUCCUCGUGGUAUAACUCGCCUUAUGGAUAUGCUUAUGGAUCGUGAGGUUAUACGAAAUGAGGCAUUGUUACUUCUUACGUACUUGACGCGGGAUGCUGAGGAAAUUCAAAAAAUUCUUGUCUUCGAAGGUGCUUUAGAAAAGAUUUUUAGUAUUAUUAAGGAGGAAGGAGGUUCAGAAGGUGGUGUUGUUGUGCAGGAUUGCCUUGAGUUGUUGAACAAUCUUCUCCGGAAUAAUACAUCUAAUCAGGUAUCGCUGAGGGAGACAAUAGGUUUUGAGCCUUUGAUAUCUAUUUUGAAGCUGAGAGGAAGUGCAUACAGCUUUACCCAACAGAAGACGAUAAAUCUACUCGGUGUGUUGGAAACUAUUAGUUUGUUGAUAGCGGGUGGUCCAGAAAUGGUGCCAGGAAAAGAUGCUAAUAUUCUGACAAAUAAGACGGUGCUAGUUCAGAGAAAAGUGCUGGACAAUCUUUUAUUGUUGGGAGUUGAAAGCCAGUGGGCUCCUGUUGCUGUGCGGUGCGCGACCUUUCGAUGCAUCGGUGAUCUGAUAGCUGGACAUGGGAAGAAUCUUGAGGCUCUUGCAAGAAAAAUUCUUGGAGAAAAGCCACACGAAGAAUCUGCCUUAAACUCUGUUCUCCGAAUUGUUUUACGAACUUCCAGCGUACAAGAAUUUUUAGCAGCUGACUAUAUCUUCAAGUGCUUCUGUGAGAAUAACCCUGAUGGUCAAAUGAUGCUGGCGUCCACUAUAAUCCCUCAGCCACAUCAAGUGGCACAUUUUCCACACGAGGAAGAUGUGAACAUGUCCUUUGGAAGCAUGCUGUUACGUGGUCUUACCCUCAGUGAAAAUGAUGGUGAUCUUGAGACAUGUUGCAGAGCUGCUAGUGUUCUUACCCAUGUAAUAAAGGAUAACAUAUCUUGCAAGGAGAAGGUUUUAAAAAUUCAAACUGAAGCAGCAAUGUCCCCACUCGGAACACCAGAGCCCUUGUUGCAUCAGACAAUGAAAUACUUGGCUGUUGCUUCUUCCUUGAAAGGGGGUGAUGGGAAGUCAAGUAUCUUGUCAAAUUUUCACUGUCAAACAAUCAUCUUGAAAUUGCUGAUCACAUGGCUUUUUAAUUUUCCAAGCGCAGUGCAAUGCUUCCUAGAUUCACGUCCUCACCUUACUUAUCUCUUUGAGCUAGUAUCCAAUCCAGACACAACUAUGUGGAUAAGAGGGAUGGCUGCAGUGUUAUUGGGAGAAUGUGUUGUUUUUAAUAAUAAUUCUGAUACAGGAAAGGAUUCAUAUAGCAUAGUUGAUUCCAUUAACCAGAAAAUGGGACUAACAUCCUACUUAUUAAAGUUUGAGGACAUGCAGAAGACGUUUCGUUUCUCAUCUGCAAAGCCAGACCAGCCACGUAAACCUCUGUCAAGAUCCAAUGCUGCAAGUAUGUCAGAGAUAGAAGAUGUUGAUAAUGAUAUUGAAGAAACUGAGGAAAGAAAUGAGGAAGAUUCUGUACUGUCAUCAAUAUUUGAUUCUAAAUUUGUAAACUUUAUUAAGAGUUUGGAAGUUGAUAUCAAGGAAAGCACAUUACAGAUCUAUACUCAACCAAAGAGUAGUGUAGCAGUAAUGCCAGCAGAACUGGAACAAAAGAAUGCUGAAAAUGAUGCUGAUUAUGCCAAAAGGCUGAAAGCAGUUGUUAGGAAACAACAUUCAGAAAUCCAGGACCUUCUUAACCGGAUUGCAACCGGCAACUCAUCGAAGACAGGUGAUGCUGCUGGCUUACCCCCCUCUGAACAAAAAGUGGUUGGAAAUUCAGAAGAGACACUUAGGAAACAACUUCAAGAGGUAUCAGAGCAAUUGGAAAUGGUCAAUAUGGAGAAAAGCCAGACCGAGUCUGAUCUGAAGAGCUUAUCCGAUGCCUACAAUAGCUUAGAACAGGCAAACUACCAAUUAGAAAACGAGAUCAAAGCCUUAAAGGCCGGAGGAGCUACGCCGUUUCCAGAUAUCGAGUCCAUAAAGGCAGAAGCAAAGGAAGAAAGCCAGAAGGAGAGCGAAGCAGAAUUGAAUGAUUUGCUUGUGUGCCUCGGGCAAGAACAGAGCAAAGUCGAGAAACUGAGUUCAAGGUUAACAGAGUUGGGUGAAGACGUUGAUCAAUUGCUUGAAGGUAUUGGAGAGGACGCGGAGUUGCCUGAAGACGACGAAAGCGAUGAAGCCUAACCGCGUAAUCUCCCUAUUUACUUGUUCCUUCUUUUAAUGGUAGCCAAUUACUGCUUUUAAUCUUUGUACAUUAUAUUGGUUAAUUGUAAAUAUGAUUCACAGAUUCUAGCUUCUUUCUUGGACC